CACCAUCAAAAUCAACAAUCAACAAAGCUGAAAACACCAUAAAAAUGUUCAUUUUUUUUUACCGUGUAACGACGUAAAUCGUAAUGUAAGUAACAAAGAAAACCCUAAAUCAAUACUAAUUGACGCCGGACUAUAAAUACCACCCAUUUUACUUCAAUUGAAUUGCCGUCGUCUUCUCAAACUAGAACCCUAAAAACUCCAAGGAGAAGAGAAGAUGCAGAUCUUCGUCAAAACCCUCACUGGAAAAACCAUCACCCUUGAGGUUGAGAGUAGCGAUACCAUCGACAAUGUCAAGACUAAGAUCCAAGACAAAGAAGGAAUUCCACCAGACCAGCAGCGUCUGAUCUUCGCUGGAAAACAGCUUGAAGAUGGCCGUACUCUCGCCGACUACAACAUCCAGAAAGAAUCAACACUGCAUUUGGUGUUGAGGCUUAGGGGAGGAAUUAUUGAGCCUUCAUUGAUGGCUUUGGCUCGUAAAUUCAAUCAAGACAAGAUGAUUUGCCGGAAGUGCUAUGCCCGUUUACAUCCCAGGGCUGUGAAUUGUCGAAAGAAGAAGUGUGGUCACAGUAAUCAGUUGAGGCCUAAGAAGAAGAUCAAGUAAGCUCUAAUUACUGUUUCAUCAUUCAAAGCUGGCUCACUUGGUAGUUCUCAAGUUUCGGCCGGAUUACAAUCUAUUUAUGUAUCUCGAUUUGUUGUAAAACUCUGUUGUAUUUGGAAAAUAUGAUGAUAUUUAGUUCCAUUUGUUGGAUUAUACUC